ACCGCUGGACGCGCAGCUACAACUGCCGCUGGCCCGCCCGCGCCCCGGCGCUGUCUUGCACCCGCGCCCAGCAUGGGGCCCGUCCCGCGCACCCUGGAGCUCUUCUACGACGUGCUGUCCCCCUACUCCUGGCUGGGCUUCGAGGUCCUAUGCAGGUACCAGCACCUCUGGAACGUCCAGCUGCAGUUGCGGCCCUGCCUCAUUUCUGGGAUCAUGAAAGACAGCGGGAACAAAGCACCAGCUCUGGUUCCUCGCAAAGCCCAGUACAUGGCCAGUGACCUUCGACUCCUGAAGCAGCAUUUCCAGGUUCCCAUCCAUAUGCCCAAGGAUUUCUUUGCUACCAUUCUUGGCAAAGGAAGUGUAUCUGCCAUGCGCUUCCUCACCGCUGUGAACAUGGAGCAGCCAGAGAUGCUAGAGAAGGUGUCCAGGGAGCUGUGGAUGCGCGUCUGGUCCCGGGAUGAAGACAUCACGGAGCCCGGGAGCAUCCUGGCUGCUGCAGAAAAGGCAGGUUUGGCUGCAGAGCAAGCUCGAGGCCUUCUGGAGAAGAUCUCCACAGCACCAGUGAAGAACCAGCUCAGAGAGACCACCGAGGCAGCCUGCAAAUACGGGGCCUUUGGGGUGCCCGUCACUGUGGUCCACAUGGAUGGCCAAACCCACAUGUUAUUUGGCUCUGACCGUUUGGAGUUGCUGGCUCACCUGCUGGGAGAGAAGUGGAUGGGUCCCGUGCCCCCAACUGUGAAUGCCAGACUUUAAGAAUGACCUGGGGAAGCAAACCUUGUUAUCUCCAGCCAGGUCACCUGUUUAACCCCUCCUCUUCCUCCUCUUCUUCCUCCUCCUCCUCCUCCUCUUGAAGCACUGGAACUUUGGUUUCUUUACCUGAUGGUAUCCUUUGUGGCUCUGUGUGUCUUCUGUGUAACCCCAGGAAUGCUGGGGCACACGUUGUGUGAGGGCUCUAUACUUAGCUUAGGUGCUUGUAUUCCUGUGCCUCGGGAGUGCCUUCGGGAAAGCACUAACUUGUGCUUUGCCUCAAAAUAAUUCGGAUGUCACUAGUCAAAACAGUGCUGGGUCUACAUUUACCCUGAUGACAUUGGCAUCUUCUUGUCCCUGUCUGUCUAGAAAUCAGGCAAGAAGAGCCCCCAGUGCAGGUCACUGUAGGGCAGCAGUGUGCCAGGUGCCAGAAACAGUGCUCUUUCUCUUACCCAGGAAACCAGCCUGUCUCUGUCAGGGACUGAAAUUUAAGCUCCACGCACUUUGCAACUGACUCACUUCUCAUUGACUAUCUGUGCCAAGCCACGGUGACAGUGACCGGGAAUGUGUGAGAUCCAAAGCCUUGUAGGUGUGAAGAUUGGAAGGAACCAAGGAAUAUCCCAACCUCUGCUCAGAUAGAUACUGAACCUGAGCCCUGUUCCACAGACCAAUGGAAGCAGAGCGAGGCAGUUCUGGACGACAGCUGACCUUGCCAUGACCUGAGGAAGUAGCUCACCCCUUCAGGGUUUCCUCCCCUAAUGCCCCAUGCAGAUCCAGACAACGCUCUGGACCUCUGUCCCCAGCCUGGAAGUACCCCAUUUCUCUCCAAAGUACCCUUGGCUUUCCCAUCCCCCCCCACCCCCCACCCCCACCCCCUGUUAUUUGCUCAUAGCCCCUGCUGCUGCUUGUGCCUCCUGCGCGGUCACCAGAAGCCUGGGAGGUUUGGUGGCACACUUCUGUGGGAAGACUGUCGUCUGAAGCUGAGACCACACCUGACACCUGGUAGGAUCCAGAAACAGAGCCCUCAGUAGUUCCAAAGGACUUUGAUAGAUUCUCUUUGUUCCUGGCUCUUUUCUUGUGCCUGUUUUCCUCUUUUUUUCUUUAAUUUAAUUUAUUAGUUUUCUUUUCAGUAAAUACAGGCAGUUUGGUACCAUUGUUUAGGCUCAUCUGUGAUCUACCCCCUCCCAUUGGA